UUAUUUACAGCUACAAAAGAUUGUGAAUUAAAGUUUAUGGUUGGGGUUCGGUAUCAGACUCAUGGCUUUCAUCGAGAAAUGACAUCAGGUAAGAUGCCAAAACGCGAUUUAGACAAAUGGGUGAUUGAAUUUCGCGUCAAGAUCCAUAACCUAUUAUCCUAAAUCUGAUUGAUUCGGCCAUAAAUUAAAGUCUCACAUCGAUGUUUCAUGUUAUCCACUUUCUGGCUGUCGGAAUGCCAUUUAACACAGAGGAAUUUUGAAUAUUGAAUAACCGAGGGUUAUUCAGUUUGUUCGUGGCGUGGUCGAGAUGGAGGCAGGUCUACUUGUGAGCGCACAGACACUUCAAUUUCCUGACUAUCCGGAUAUUGAGAAAGCUUAUGUAUCUCAUCUGUCUUCAUCCGCUCAAUCGAAAGCUCCAGAAACACUGAAAACGGGGUCUUUGACACAAGAAAUUCAGAAAGCUAGAGAGCAUAUCAAAACAUCCUUGGAUCGCGUUGCUGUAUCCCGACCUUUCGACGUUGGACGUCUUGAUGAACUUGAAAAACUUGUUACCAGUCUUGUUAGUCGCAUAUCAGAUCUGGAAUCACGGAUAAGCACUAUGAAGUUGAGUAAUGAUUCUCAUGAUAAAGUUGGAAAAAAAUCUGAUGCAGAGCUUGAUCUUUUUGCUUCAGACAGCGAGGAGGAUAGAGAAGCUGAGCGUAUCAGGAGUGAGAGAGAAGCCAUGUACCUUGCAAAAAAAGCUCUAAAGCCCGUUGUGGUGGCAAAGUCAAGUAUCACCUUCGAAGUGAAACCAUGGGAUGAUGAAGUAAAUAUGGAAGAACUUACCUCUAUGGUGAAAGGUAUUAAAGCAGAUGGCCUUUUGUGGGGUGCAUCCAAACUAGUGCCCAUCGCUUUUGGUAUAAAAAAGCUCCAAAUCUGCUGUGUCGUUGAAGAUGACAAGGUUGGAACUGACUUCCUCGAAGAAUCUAUAAAAGAGUUUACGGAACAUGUCCAAUCUGUAGAUAUUGUAUCAUUCAACAAGUUGUAAUGAAAGACAGGAUUUGUAAUAUAUAAUGAACUGAAUCAGUAAACGUCUGUUUUUCAAUUUACUUGUUUUAAAAUGGGAAUAAUUUGUCAUUAGUCUUAUUCGUCAUGUAUUGCACAGCGUCCACAACACAUACAUAAAAACUGUUGUAUGCAGUUGAGAAACGAUCAAUAUCUCUCCUCGCAGCAAACCCAGUAUAUAUAAUAGCCCAAUAAUUAGACAGGUGAUGUCUUUUAAACGGAAUGACCAGUGUAGCUUUUUGAACGGAUGUUUCGUCACUGCAAGCCUCACUAAUAUAAUGAGUAGACCUGAACUGAGUUCUUUUUUCUUAAAUGUUCAUCUUAGUGUGCAAUACAAUAACCAAAAGUACUUAUCAGCCUAGUUAUUCUUAGUAAGCACUCCAUUAAC